AUGGAGGAAAUCUAUGCCAAUGUUGAAUAUGUAAAACCUGUUGACUCAAGACCUUUGACCAAUCAGACAGGUCCGAGGAGUUCAGAGAGGAGAUUUCAUGGAGCUGUUGUUCUCUGUCUGGGGCUGCUGAGUGUUUUCCUGCUGGCUGGACUCAUCGGCCUCGGUGUCCACUAUUAUGAUGUGGUACGUGGGUUAACUGAAGAGAGAGACCUGCUGAAUGCCAACCUCACUGAAACUACUGAAGAGCUACACCAGCAGAACAGUGAUGUGAUCCGUGGUUUAACUGAAGAGAGAGACCUGCUGAAUGCCAACCUCACUGAAACUACUAAGAAGCUACACCAGCUUCAGAGUUUGUCUAAGCAGAAGAAAACCUGUCCUGCAGGAUGGACUAUGUUCAACUAUACUUGUUAUCUCAUCUCCACUAAAUCUGAUUCUUGGGAAAACGGCAGACAAGACUGCAGAGGAAGAGGAGGAGAUCUGGUGGUCAUAGAUAGUCAUGAAGAACAGGAUUUCCUCACUUGUAUUGCAAAGCAAACACGCUGGAUUGGUUUGAAUGACAGAGAAAAAGAGGGGACCUGGAAAUGGACGGAUGGAACUCUGCUGACUCAAAAGUACUGGGAGAAAGAGCAGCCUGAUAAUGGAGGUGGAGAUCCACGGUGGGGAGAAGAAGACUGUGUGACAAUCAGACCUGAAAAGACUGGACCAAACAACUGGAACGAUCUUUCAUGUGAUGCUUCUGAGAAAUGGAUCUGUGAGAAAAUGCCUUAGCAUCAACUUAA